AUCGACCUUUAAUUUUCAUGGUGCAUUGCAGCUGAUGUUUGAGACUCCCUUAUUCAGGUAGGUGUAGAGACUUUUUAAAAUGCUUCUUGCCUUUUUUCUUUUCCUACUACAUUACGUGUGCUGGUGCAUUGUAACUCUAGUUUGUGGUUUCCGGAAACCUGGUACGAUGGCAGCCGAGGGGGAGUGCGUCGCAUUAGCUUUCUAUGCGUCGUUCUCCUUGGUAAACUUUUUAAUCUAUCAGCGACACCAUCGAUGUCAAGUCAACGAGGAACUGUUAACUACGGGACGUUCAGGUCCCGUACGACAAACAGGAUCCCGUGCACACCAUCGUCCCUUGUGCUAUGCCGCGUACGUAUCAUUUGGACACGUUACACAUUACCCAGGUUCGUGCACUGGGUUGUCCGCGUCCGCGGGAUGAAAUUUUUACUGGGCCGGGCCAUUUGUUUUGACGUUUAACAUUAUCGGGAAACAAAGACCCGUCAGCGAUUUGCAGCGAUCAUCUAAUCUAAACCACUUGUCUAAACAUUUUCCAUGAUGAUUUAUUAGAAUAUUGACGCUGCGCCGUUUGAAUGAAUUGUAACUAACUCAUGUUACGGAAUAAGGCAUGCCAUCCAUUAGAUAGCAGUACAAGUACACAUCGAUGAUUAUCAGUAAAAGAUAUGGGCUUUUUGCUGAUUCGACCUCAAAUUAAUCCUUUUAAAUUCUCGUCGCGCAAGAUAAAGACCACCUAAUUCGUAUGAUGCUAACUGUACCAUGCUU